ACCAUGUUACUCUCCUCAUUUUCCUCCCAUCUUUUAUUCUUCAGGUUCCACCCUUCAACAGUGUCGCAUCUUUUAUUUUUCCCAACACAACACAAACAUUCUCCUAAACAAAUCCUUUCUCCACUGUCGGUGCCAUCAUAUGAUUCUGUUACACCUUUCAUCUCUCUUUUACUUUACUUACCCAUCAAAAACCCUCACAAAAUUUAUCACCUUUUUUGCAAGAUCUCAAAUGGGUUUGCCUUCAAAUUUCCAUUUUUGAACAUUUUUCAUGAUGGGUGUGAUCUAUGAAGUUUCCAUUAAACCUUGCUUCAGUUUCUUGUUGUAGGUAGAUGUAUUAAUUGUAUGUUAGAUUUAGCAGUUACAAAAAAAAAAAUGGAUCUAGGAUUUCUUAGAUUUCUAUGUCAAAGAGAAACAAGGAGAUUAGUUUCAUUGUUAGGAGUAACAAUAGCUUUACUUUUUGUACUUCAAUUUUCUGAACUUCCAAAUAGUGAGUUUUUUUCUUCUCUUACUGCCAAAAUCAAAAGUUUCACAAUGGAUACACCUAUGGUUAAUUCUAGCUCAAUUAGUCCUCAAUCAUCUUCAUUAGAUCAAGUUGCAAGUUUAGAAAAGGGUAAAGGAGUUGAAACUGUUGUUGUUUUUAGAAAUGAUAGUUCAUCAAUGAGUAGUGUUGAUGGAAAAGAUGUUAAUUUAACAUCACAAGGGAAUCAAUCUUCCUUGCUUGCACCGCAACCUAUGGUGCCUUCGCCCAAUACAUCAUUUUUUGAUUCAAAAGCGUAUCCAAAGGAUGGAAUUUUGAGUUCUUUGCAACGUAGCAAUGCGACGACGGUUAAAGAUGCGUCUGCGAUUUGGAAGAAUUCCAAAAGGAGGCCUUCUAAAGUAGUUUCAAUAUCUGAGAUGAACUUAAUAUUGCAGCAUAACCAUGAUUCUUUGCAUUCGCAGGGAGUGAAGCCCGCGAGUUCUUCAGCUGUUAAUGCGGAGAUAUUGAAUGCAAAAUCGGAGAUUGAAAAUGCGCCUAUUGUUAUGAAUGAUUCGAGACUUUACUCACCUUUAUACAGGAAUGUUUCCAUGUUUAGAAGGAGUUACGAACUAAUGGAGAAGAUGUUGAAAGUAUUCAUCUACCCGGACGGAGACAAGCCAAUCUUCCACGAACCGUUACUGGAAGGAAUAUAUGCAUCAGAAGGAUGGUUUAUGAAAUCAAUGGAAGGAAACAAACAGUUUACAACUCAAGAUCCUGACAAGGCUCACUUGUUUUACAUACCUUUCAGUUCGAGAUUGUUGCAGUUAACUCUUUAUGUACGUAAUUCGCACAAACGUUCAAACUUAAUCGAGUACAUGAAAAACUAUGUCGAUAUGAUUGCUGGAAAGUAUCCUUUCUGGAAUAGAACUAAUGGAACAGAUCACUUUGUUGUUGCUUGCCAUGAUUGGGCUCCUGCAGAAACACGAGGGCGAAUGCUUAAUUGCAUCAGAGCACUUUGCAAUGCUGACACCGAAGUAGGAUUCAAGAUCGGAAAAGAUGUAUCUCUUCCCGAAACUUACGUUAGAUCGGAUGAGAAUCCUCUAAAAAACAUAGGCGGCAACCCUCCUUCUCAACGGCCCAUCCUAGCCUUCUUCGCAGGCGGCUUACACGGUUACGUUCGGCCUAUGCUAUUGAAGCUUUGGGAGAACAAAGAACCCGACAUGAAAAUUUCCGGCCCGUUACCACACGUCAGAGGUAACAAAAACUACAUCGAGCUCAUGAAGAGUAGCAGAUUCUGCAUAUGCGCACGAGGUCACGAAGUUAAUAGUCCUCGCGUGGUCGAGGCGAUAUUCCACGAGUGUGUUCCUGUUAUCAUAUCGGAUAAUUUUAUUCCUCCGUUAUUCGAGGUUUUGAAUUGGGAGUCUUUUGCUGUGUUCAUCAAGGAGAAACAUAUUGCUUAUUUGAGGGAUGUACUGGUUUCGAUCUCGGAAGAACGAUACUUGGAAAUGCAUAAGAGGGUGAAAAUGGUGCAGGAACAUUUUCUUUGGCAUCAUGAGCCUGUUAAGUAUGAUUUGUUUCACAUGCUUCUUCAUUCAAUUUGGUAUAAUAGAGUUUUCUAUACAAGUUAGAUGUAGUAAUCAUGUGUCAAUUUUGUAGAAUUAAAACUCAUUGUGUAAACAUCACAGCUAAAGCAAGAAUAAUAUAAAGCAAGAAUGAUUCAUAGGAGUUUAUCAAGGACACCCUUCUGUUACUAUUA